GAUCAGUCCCGUCUCUGUUCCUCUGGAACUGGAAGCUUCUCAAUUCUCACCUUCUCUUCUCUCCUCUCGCUCUCGGUCUUUGAUCUCACUCUCCCUUGACGCUGUUCCAAACCCUAGAAUCUGUAGGUUUUGUUUCUGAAACCCUAAUCCCUCCUUUGGUCUUUUUCGUGGAACCUUUCCUACGAUGUCGGUGAAACGCUCCCGCAUCGCCAGGUCGUCGAGCCAGGGGGAGAUCGGUAUGUUCAGUCAUGUCAGGGCCCUCGAGUCUCCAUCCUUUCUGCGUGACAGGCAAACUACAUCUCCAUCUACUUCUGCUGCGGCUAGGAAUUCAGUGAAGCUUUCGAAGCCACAGGUAGCUGCAAAACCACAACGAUCUCGUCGACAGAUCUUGACACUGGCGUCGCCGGUAAGGGAGACAAGAACGGAGGGGGACGAUGAGGUGAGAUCUGAUAGAACGGUUGGGGGUUUUCUUGAAGAAUGUUACUCUUGCAAGAAGAAGAUUGGGGAAAGUGAUGAAGUGUACAUGUACAGUUACUUGCGGGCAUUUUGUUGCCCUGAAUGCCGAGAAAAUCAUAUGGCUUUGGAUUGUGAAGUGGGGAAUGCUUGUGAAUCAUCAGGAAUGUAUUCAAUUGAGAACCAGUGGAAUCAGAGAUUAAAGGGUCAGGCCAGUACUCAAAUGGGAACUGACACAUCUUCUUUGAUGGAAUUUUGUGGCAAUUCGGAUACUUGAUGCGAUAUCUCUCAGCUGUCAAGCUUUUGCUUCUUGUACAGAAUAGGGAAUCGUUCAUGAUUUGUUCUCCUGGUGGCAUGUCAGUGGCUCUUGUACAGUUAGACGUGAUUUUUAGAAUACUAGAGCUUUAAAGGAUAACAUUUGGUUCUGUAGGCUAUCUUUUGUACCCAAAUUCUUAAAGAGUAUGGACUAACCAAAUGCAAGUUUGAGUUUUGUUAUUUUUAGAGUCCAAAUAUUCUAUAUCUUAAAGAUCUUUUUCUCUCACUGUUAUGCUAA